UGACCCGUCUGCUUAGCAACGGCGCAUCCCUCCUACAAACUCAAGACCUAGGUGCUGAGGGUGGUUUGUGUAUCCUCAGCUUCUGUUGCUAGCUUUUUAUCUUCCCGCGGCCGCAGGAGAGAGCUGAUGGGAAAGGCUUCCAGAGAUAAGAGGGAUAUAUAUUACAGGAAAGCAAAAGAAGAAGGAUGGCGCGCUCGGAGUGCCUUCAAACUCCUUCAAAUCGACGAAGAGUUCAACAUCUUCCAUGGAGUGAAGCGUGUAGUUGAUCUUUGUGCAGCUCCCGGCAGCUGGAGCCAGGUGUUGAGCCGAAAAUUAUAUCUUCCAGCCAAAAUUACACCUGAGGCAAGGGAUGGCGAUCUUCCUCUGAUUGUUGCAAUUGACUUGCAGCCAAUGGCUCCUAUAGAUGGUGUUAUUCAAGUGCAGGGAGAUAUCACGAAUGCUCGAACAGCUGAAGUGGUCAUCAAACAUUUUGAUGGUUGCAAAGCUGACUUGGUUGUCUGUGAUGGCGCACCUGACGUUACUGGACUUCAUGACAUGGAUGAAUUUGUUCAGUCACAGCUUAUACUAGCGGCUCUAACUAUUGUUACUCAUGUACUUCGAGUGGGUGGUAAAUUUAUUGCAAAGAUUUUUCGGGGUAAAGAUACAAGCCUCCUCUACUGCCAACUGAAACUAUUUUUCCCUGUUGUGACUUUUGCAAAACCAAAGAGCAGCCGCAACUCCAGCAUAGAAGCAUUUGCAGUUUGUGAGAACUAUUCGCCUCCCGAAGGAUUCAACGAGAAAGAUUUACAUCGCCUCCUGGAAAAGGUGGGCAGUCCUUCCGGAGAAGAUGAUCUAGAUUGCAGUAGCGGGUGGCUAGAAGGGCCAAAUAAGGUUUACAUUCCAUUUUUGGCUUGUGGAGACCUCAGUGGCUAUGAUUCGGACCGUUCAUAUCCCCUUCCUGCUGUUGCGGAAGGCACUUCUUACCAGAGCUUGGAUCCAGUACAGCCCCCAAUCGCCCCACCUUAUAAAACAGCUCUGGAGUUGAAGAAAGCUUCCAGUCAUGGAAUCAGAGAACUUGAAAAGCUGUCUCUAGAUUCCUGAUAGUAUGUUAUUUCUUUCUUCCUCUUUCCUUUGUUGGCAAUUGUCUGCCUUGGGAAGGAAGUUUUUUUAAAAAAAAAAAAAUAAUUAUGUCUAACAGGGAAUUUGGUAAAUGUUAAUGAUCAAUGAUUAUUUAUCACAGAUCGUUAAUCAUUGUCAACAUUUCCAAUUUUCAUCUAUUUGUAAUGAGGUCAAGUUGCUA